AUGACCGACGCGGUGGUGGGUGGCAGCUCUGACCGGUGGAUGUGCCCCAGCGACAGGACCAUGUCUCUCCGGGCCAGCAGCGAGAAGGAGCAGCUCCCCGCUGGCUGGGCAGCACGGGGUGGCCAGCCUGACCGGCAGCGCAAGAGCGAGGAGUUGACGGACGAGGAGAAGGAGAUCAUCAACCGAGUCAUCGCCCGGGCCGAGAAGAUGGAGGAGAUGGAGCAGGAGCGCAUCGGGCGACUCAUGACCCGUCUGGAAGACAUGCGCCGGAGCGUGCUGGGGGACGGGGUGAACCGCUGCAUCCUCUGCGGGGAGCAGCUGGGGCCGCGGGGAUCCGCCUGCGUUGUUUGCGAGGACUGCAAGAAGAACGUCUGCACCAAGUGCGGGGUGGAGACCACCAACAGCCGGCCCCACGCCAUUUGGCUCUGCAAGAUCUGCAGCGAGCAGCGCGAGGUGUGGAAGCGCUCCGGUGCCUGGUUCUUCAAGGGUUUGCCCAAGCAAGUGCUGCCACAGCCGAUGCCUGUCAGCAAGAACAAGGGACUCCAAGCCCCAAGCGAGCCCAGCCCAUCGGAGCUGCCCACCCAGGACCCGAAACUUGCCUCCCGUGCACCCACCCGAGGCCAGGUGGAUGCCGGGCCCCCGGCCGAGCAGGACUCUGACGGCAGCGAUGUGACGGCAGCUGCCCGGGGGAGCUACGCGGCGCCUGGCCACAAGCUGGCCGAGGGCAGGCCGGGCCUGUGCGGCAGCGAGCAUGCCAGCGGGGACGCCGACAGCCAUGACUACGCUGCCGAGAGCGGGGUCAGCAGGAGCCCUGGCGUGAAGCGGACCAACUCCCUGCAAGCCCCGCGGCCACCCCUGCCAGCUGCUGCCAGCCCCGCUCCUGGUCCCGGGCCAGCAGCACCGCCAGCGGGAAGACCGGGUCCUGGGGCGGCCAGCCGGUUCCCAGAAAGACAAGCGAGCCCGCCACUGGGACCCCCAGAGCCGGCCCGCGCCACUGCCAGGGAGGAGCGAGGAGGGGGCUACGCUGUGCUGCCCGCCAGAGAGGAGAGGCCAGCCCGGCAGCCCCCCGCCAUCCCGCCAGUGCCUGCCGCCCCGCUGCGGCAGCCGCCCCAGGAGGAAGAGGAGGAGGAUGCCAACAGCUAUGACUCUGAUGAAGGCACUACGCUGGGAGCGCUGGAGUUCAGCCUGCUCUAUGACCAGGAGAACAGCUCUCUGCACUGCACCCUCAUCAAGGCCAAAGGCUUAAAACCAAUGGACUCAAAUGGCCUGGCAGAUCCCUACGUCAAACUGCACCUCUUGCCUGGAGCCAGCAAGUCAAAUAAGCUGAGAACGAAGACUCUGCGCAAUACCCGUAACCCCGUGUGGAAUGAGACCCUGGUGUACCACGGCAUCACAGAUGAGGACAUGCAAAGGAAAACUCUCAGGAUCUCCGUGUGUGAUGAAGACAAAUUUGGCCACAAUGAGUUUAUUGGAGAAACUAGAGUUUCCUUGAAAAAACUCAAAGCCAAUCAGAAAAAGAACUUCAACAUCUGCUUGGAGAGAGUAAUACCAAUGAAGCGUGCUGGAACGACCGGCUCAUCCCGUGGGAUGGCACUGUACGAAGAGGAGGUAGAUCGUGGUGGGGAUGUGGAGGAGCGUGGGAAGAUCCUCGUGUCCCUCAUGUACAGCACCCAGCAGGGCGGCUUGAUUGUUGGCAUCGUACGCUGCGUGCAUUUAGCAGCCAUGGAUGCCAACGGAUACUCAGACCCUUUUGUUAAACUUUGGCUGAAACCUGACAUGGGAAAAAAGGCCAAGCACAAGACACAGAUUAAGAAGAAAACAUUGAAUCCUGAGUUUAAUGAGGAGUUCUUCUAUGAUAUAAAACACAGUGAUCUGGCCAAGAAGUCACUGGACAUUUCUGUCUGGGAUUACGACAUCGGAAAAUCGAAUGAUUAUAUUGGCGGCUGUCAGCUCGGCAUUACGGCUAAGGGGGAGCGCUUGAAACACUGGUAUGAAUGCUUGAAGAACAAGGACAAGAAGAUUGAACGCUGGCACACCCUCCAAAACGAGAACCAUGUUGCCAGUGAUUAA